UUGUCCCUGUGGAGUUUAUCAGAUUCUACCACUUGCACAACUGCCAGUUACUGGGAUUUACAAGCAAUUCUCUCUUUCUCUAUAAUCUGUACCAAGUAGCAUUAAAGCUGCUAUCCGUACUGCUUGGCUUUAUUUAUCAAUCGUUCAUGUCCAUGUGGUGUCUAAAAACCCAUGAUUAAUAAAGGUCCAGCAGUCCAGCAGCAAAGGCGCGGGGCGUCCCGUUGCUGUGGCAACGUAGUAGGGAAGUACAAAACAACGCUUGAAUAAUGUCUACCUCCGUGGCAAACGAAGAUAAAAAGAAGAGACGUGCUCUGGUUCUAAGGCCCUCUUCUCGGACAAUAAAUAUUUCAGUGUCAGGCAUACAUGGAGUCAACCAGAGUACAAGAGACACAAACAGCGUCAUUGGUUCCCCGAGCAGGAAACGUUUCAGCCUGGGUGGUGGCAGCAAGGUUCUGGAGAAGAGCACCAUUCAAACUCAAAGACAAGCUGUUCGGGUGUUGAUGAUGAAGGCAAUGAUGUCACUCCUCAGCCGCUGCACCAUGCAGAUCCAGCAGCUGCGCAGGUCAAAGCCAGCAGGUUGUUUCUGGAUGAAAUCUCUGCUGGAUCCGCAUCAGAUCAGACAACAGCCACCGGGAGCUUUGCUAUGCCUUUCUCCAGGUACCACCACUCAUUGUUAGGAAGCAGCAGAAUAUCCAGCCAGUCUACCAUAGAGUCGAUGAAUGAGGAGAUUGAGGAUACAUUUUCCAAACGUGACAUGCCCAUCAACUUCCCAGAUGUGCAGGGGAAAAGAGACACUGUGAAAGAACAGGUGACAGAAGACAUGUUGAAAGAAGUCAUAGACCUCUACAUCUCUGAGACAGACAGCAUUUCACUGCUGGACAUACCCAGCACCGUUGUGUCAGUGGACGCCGAUGACGCAGAACCUAUCAUGGAGAGAAACAAUCAGUAUGCUGAGGUUUGCAGGAGCAGAAUGGACAACGAUAAGUAUGUGGAUCUAUCGGUGCAGACGUUGAAUGGAGCAACCAAAAACAAACAGGUCCAGAGCGACAGCAUUGUCAUGGUGGACAAAGCCACGACUGUUACCAGCUGGGAUGUGUACGACACUUUGAACAGCCCUGAGCAGGAUGAAAAGCUGAGCAGCCCUGAACUGGGGAGGGCUCAGUGCCCCGAGGCGGCUGUGGACAGUGGCCCAGGUGCAGAGAGGAGCGUGUCAGUGGGCAGCACAGCCAGUACAGCCAGUGCUGCCAGCUCAUUGAAAGAAGUGGAGGUGCUUGGGAACAGUUUAAACGCUGAGUCAGACUUGCAGCUGAUCAUGCUGUCAGAGAAAUUCCAACACUGCUUACUAGUGAUGGAGAGGAGCAUUCUGGGAAACAUUUUCCAACCCCAGCUGGCUGCUUACAGACAGCUACCCGUAAUAGAAGACCCAGACAGUCCAGUGAAGCCCGGGAUGGGGGAGCAGAGGGAGGAGGAUGCAGAGAGUCCCAGGUCUCCGGCCGUGGAGCGUCUCUGGGCUUUUAGCUGUGAGCUCAGCCGAGGGAGCAGCGUUAGCAGCAUGGCCUGGAACAAGAAGAACCCGGACCUUCUUGCUGUGGGCUAUGGUGAGUUAGGCUCCAGUAACCAGAAACCAGGCCUGGUGUGCUGCUGGUCUCUCAAAAAUCCCACGUGGCCGGAGCGGGUCAUCCGCUGCGACAGCGCUGUGACUUCCCUGGAUUUCUCAUCCAAUAACCCCAGUCAGCUAGCUGUGGGCAUGAAAGAUGGCAGUAUCGCUAUCUACAACGUGAAGAGUCGAGACAACAAGGCUUGUUUCAUCAGCAGCAGUGGAUGUCCCAACAGGCACUUGGAUCCAGUGUGGCAGCUUAGGUGGACCCAACAGGAGUUGAGUCUGACAGGAGAAGAGAAGGUGGAAUCUCUGUUUUCUGUGGCUGCAGAUGGCAGGAUCAGCAAGUGGUUUGUCAGCAACAAUGGCCUCGACUGCAUAGACCUGAUGAAACUGAAGAAGAGUCAGAACACAAAGAAGAAGGUUGGAGGGAGCACCAAAGAGAAGAAGACAGAAAGUGUUCUGUCAGCACUGACUCCUGGUCUGUGCUUUGACUUCCAUCCAAAAGAUCCCAGUGUCUACUUGGUUGGUACAUGGGAAGGUCUCAUCCACAAAUGCUCCUGUUCCAACAGUCAGCAGUUUCUGGAGACGUACAGGAAGCACUUUUGUCCUGUAAACCGCGUCACAUGGAGUCCACUGAGUCCAGAUGUGUUCCUGAGCUGCUCGGUUGACUGGACCCUCCAGCUGUGGAAGCAGGACCACCGUAAGCCGGUGUUAGGCUUCACCUCCACCCACAGAACAGUGUGCGACGUGAAGUGGUCCCCUAAGUGGGCAACAGUAUUCGGAGCCGUUAAUGAGGGACAGCUGGAGAUCUGGGACCUGAAUUCAAGCGUCUUGGACCCGGUCAUUGUGCAGCCCGCUGCUGCUGGUGUGACGAUGAAGUCCCUUCUGUUUGCCACUCAGACAAACUGUGUCCUGGUCGGAGACAGCGAUGGACAGGUGACCGUCUACCAGCUCAGGAAUCUCAGCUCUGUGGGAGACAGCAGCCAGGUGGAUAUUCUGGAGAGCAUCAUCCGCUCUGCGACUCCUGGAUAGCUUUAAAGCGCCCAUUUAAUGCUCAUUUUCAGGUUCAUAAUUGUAUUUUGAGGUUGUACUAGAACAGGUUGACAUGGUGUCAUUUUCAAAAACGCCAUUGUUUUUGUUGUACUCUACAUUGCUGCAGAUCCUGUUUUCACCCUGUGUGUUUGGGUCUGUUUUAGCUACUGAGUGAGACAUCUCACUUCUAACUAUCUUUGUUGGGAGUCGCACAUGUGCAGUAGCUAGGUAAGAUCACAUCAGCUGGAUAACUUUUUUUUUUUUUUU